AUGUCGCUCUCACGGCCCUGCCGCCAGGCCCUGCGCCUGUCCCACGCGCUGCGUCCCUCAAUUAAGGCUUCGCCGUCAUCACAGCUGCUGCGUCGCAGCGCCGCAACGCUCACGCCGCCUCACCAGGCCGCUGCCAUCUCGCGCCUGCAGACAAACGUCGAUGCCUCGUCCGAGGAGUUCAAGGAGAAUGAGCGCCAGAUGGCCGAGGUCACGGCGCGCCUGCAGGAGCUGACGACGACCAUCCAGAAGGGCGGCUCGCAGAAGGCCCGCGACAAGCACAUUGCCCGCAACAAGAUGCUGCCGCGAGACCGAGUUGCUGCCCUCAUCGACCCCGGCACCACAUUCCUGGAGCUGUCGCCAAUGGCCGGCCACGAGCUGUAUCCAGAGGCCGAAGUGCCUGCGGGUGGCAUCAUCACCGGUGUGGGCGUUGUCGAGGGCGUCACCUGCGUUAUCGUGGCCAACGACAGCACCGUCAAGGGCGGCACCUACUAUCCCAUCACCGUCAAGAAGCACCUGCGAGCCCAGGCCGUGGCCCAGGAGAACAAACUGCCCUGCAUCUACCUCGUCGACAGCGGCGGUGCCAACCUCCCCCACCAGGCCGACGUCUUCCCCGACCAGAACCACUUUGGUCGCAUCUUCUACAACCAGGCCCGCAUGUCCUCCCAGGGCAUCCCCCAGAUCUCCGUCGUCAUGGGCCCCUGCACGGCCGGAGGCGCAUACGUGCCCGCCAUGAGUGACGAGAGCAUCAUCGUCCAGGAGCAGGGCCACAUCUUCCUCGCCGGCCCGCCGCUAGUAAAGGCCGCCACGGGUGAGGUUGUCAGUCACGAGGACCUGGGCGGUGGUAAGAUGCACUCGUCUGUGUCUGGUGUCACCGAUUACCUGGCCGUGGACGAUGCCCACGCCAUCACCCUUGCUCGCCGCAGCAUCUCCAACCUCAACUGGCCGGCCCGAUCCGCCUCGACGCAGCCUCCCGCGGCCACCUACGCCGAGCCGCUUUACGACCCCAACGAGCUGAUGGGCAUUGCCACAACUAACCUGCGCAAGCCCAUGCCCAUCCGCGAAAUCAUUGCCCGCAUCGUCGACGGCUCUGAGUUUGCCGAGUUCAAGCGUGACUUUGGCACUACGCUCGUCACCGGCUUCGCCUCCAUCUACGGCCAAAAGGUCGGCAUCGUCGCCAACGACGGUAUCCUCUUCGCCUCGUCCUCGGUCAAGGGCGCCCACUUCAUCGAGCUGUGCGCCCAGCGCGGCAUCCCCCUCGUCUUCCUGCAGAACAUCUCGGGCUUCAUGGUCGGUUCCGCCUCGGAGCGUGACGGCAUCGCCAAGCACGGCGCAAAGCUCGUCACCGCCGUCGCCUGUGCCGACGUGCCCAAGUUCACUGUCGUCGUCGGCGGCAGCUACGGCGCCGGCAACUACGGCAUGUGCGGCCGAGCCUACAGCCCGCGCUUCCUCUGGAUGUGGCCCAAUGCCCGCGUCGGUGUCAUGGGUAGCGAACAGCUGACUUCCGUCAUGGAGACGGUUGGCAAGGCUGCCGAUCCUGAGCUCAAGGCUCGCAUUGAGCGUGAGAGCGAGGCUACCUACUCCUCUGCUCGUCUCUGGGACGACGGCAUCAUCCCUCCCCAGCACACCCGCCAGUAUCUUGGUCUCGGAUUGAGAGCCGCCAUGGGUGGCCGCAAUGAGGUCAAGGCUGGAGACACCAAGUUCGGUGUCUUCCGAAUGUAA